GCGGGGAGCGGCGCCAUGAUGAAACUGCUGAGGGAUCGGGAUCCGGAUCGGGAUCCAGAUCCUGGUGCUGUCGAGGGUCCCGGCUCCACGAUGAGCUCCCCUCAGCCCUCUGCGGCGCCAGCCGACGGUUUCGCCUCCUCAGACGAUGAGGCCGCCGAAGAGGACCCGAGCCCGCUCCACAUCUCGUGGUUGUCUUUGUCUCCUGUCUACUCUUCAGAGUUCCUAGGAUUAUGUUCCCUUCCAGGUUGCAGGUUUAAGGAUAUCAGAAGAAACCUUCAGAAAGAUGUAGGAGAACUGAAGAGCUGUGGGGUCCAGGAUGUCUUUGUGCUUUGUACCAGAGGAGAGCUCUCAAAGUACCGAGUACCAAACCUGAUGGACGCCUACCAACAGCACGGGAUGUGUGUGCACCACCACCCCAUUCCUGAUGGGAAUGCUCCUGACAUUGCCACCUGCUGCAAGAUCCUGGAAGAGCUCAGAAGCUGCCUGGAAAAUAAGCAGAAAACAAUGAUACACUGUUAUGGUGGCCUUGGACGCUCAUGCCUUGUGGCUGCCUGUCUCCUGCUGCAGCUUUCGGACACCCUGGCACCUCAGCAGGUGAUCGAGAGCCUCAGGAGCCUGAGAGGAUCAGGGGCCAUCCAGACCAUCAAGCAGUACAAUUUCCUCCAUGACUUCCGGGAGAACCUGGCUGCACACCUGGCAACAGAGGACCCGGUGCUGAGAUCGGCAUCGCGGUAGCUGAUCCUGCCACGGCGUCUGUGCCUGUGUGGAGAACUCCUGGACAAGACACCUCUCUCCUGCCCUUUCCUCAGUGCUACUGCCUCUGUGACACAGCUGCUGCCUUCCAAAUCCGUGUGUAAAGUAUUGGGAUGGGGAAGGAAAUCCUAGAGAACAUGUGCUAUCUUCCCAUCUUUGGUGACUUUAAUACUCGCUGCCUGAAAAA